AUGGCCCUGGAGACGUUCCUCAAGGUUCAUCCGCCAACUUUUCGUGGAUUCACAAAUCCUAAUGAAGCGGACCACUGGUUCCAAGCAAUGGAACGUGCUUUACAGGCGCAACAUGUCCCCCUCAAUCAAUAUGUCGAGUUUGUCGCUUAUAAGCUAGUGGGAGAGGCCCAGCCCUGGUGGCAAGCUGAGUGCUAUUUGCUACAGUUGCAGAACGCCGAUAUUCUGUGGGAGGUGUUCCGAGCGGCCUUUUACAAGAAGUACUUUCCUGAGUCUGCAAGGGAAGCGAAGGAGAUGGAGCUAAUGCAGCUGAAGCAGGGUUCCAUGUCUGUGGCUGAGUACACCAACAAGUUUGAAGAGAUUUGUAGGUUUUCUAGGGUGUGUCAGGGUGACCCGGAGACUUUCGAGAGCUGGAGGUGUAUUAAGUACUAG